CAUUGCCGGACGGACCUGCCCCCUGGUUUCCGCUCUGUCAGGUUGUCCUUGCUGUCUGUGUCCGCCAGCCCCGAGCCGCUUCCGGUGGGAUCAUGUUGGCUGGAGUGAGGGCGGCCCGGAGCCUACUCCGAGGAGUUUGUGCUGCCCGUGUGCUACCACUGGUACGAUAUGAAGGGACAACAUCCGAAACUAAACCCACUGUUAGACCGGCAGAUGCUGUAGUAGUAAACCAACUCUCUGCAUUUGGGGAGUAUGUUGCGGAGAUACUGCCAAAGUACGUCCAGCAGGUCCAGGUAACAUGCUAUGGAGAGCUGGAAAUAAUGAUCCACCCAGAUGGGGUGGUGCCGGUCAUCACCUUCCUUCAGGAUCACACCAAUGCUCAGUUUAAAUCCCUAGCUGAUCUAACUGCUGUCGAUAUCCCAACGAGAACAAAUCGCUUUGAGAUUGUUUACAAUCUCCUGUCCUUGCAAUUUAACUCACGCAUUCGAGUGAAGACAUAUGCCGAUGAGCUUUCUCCAAUUGAUUCUAUCGUACCUCUUCAUCAGGCUGCAAAUUGGUAUGAAAGAGAGGUAUGGGAUAUGUUUGGAGUAUUUUUUGCCAAUCACCCUGAUCUAAGGCGAAUUCUAACAGACUAUGGUUUUGAGGGACAUCCCUUCCGAAAAGACUUUCCCCUGUCUGGAUAUGUGGAGGUGCGCUAUGAUGAUGAGGUGAAACGCGUGGUUGCUGAACCUGUGCAGCUGGCCCAAGAGUUCAGGAAGUUUGAUCUGAGCAGCCCAUGGGAAGCCUUCCCUACACACCGUGAACUUCCAGAGAGCCCAAAGCUGGAAUCCGGAGAGAAUAAAGGAGAGGCAAAAUAAAAGCGUUUUGUAUUGAGCAAUCCUUACUGUGUGUAACCUAUUUAUGUAUAUAAAAUAAACAACUACACUGAGA